AAGAAAAAUUCGACGCAGUUACAACCCAAAAUACUGCAUCAAUUGCUUGGCCAGAUCACACCGAACAAAGAGCUGUACAAGUGAGAAGAGAUGUUCCACAUGCAAUGGAAAACAUCACUCCACCCUACAUGGACACCCAAGAUUGUACACUCAUGUACACCGAUAACAUACCUAAACGAACACCGGAUUUGCCAUCUCGAAAUCGGAUCACUAAUUGAUGAUCAAUUGCGGCUUGAAACACACGCUUUGAUAUCAAAGGAUUUACCCACACGACCCUAUGAGCAGGACAUAAGCAACGAGAUUCGAAAACGUUUCGAUCACUUAGUCCUAGCUGACCCAUUAUUCACGAAGGCAAGCAAUGUAAUGCUCGAACUUGGAGGCGACCUAUACCCAAAAAUUAUAAAAUCCGGCAUAUUUCAUCCCGACAAUGGCACAGUGGCCGCCCAAAACACCACAUUAGGAUGGAUCUUAACCGGAAUUUUAAACUAGACCCUAAGUAUAACUCGUUACCUAAAACAAUUUCUCAAUAUCAUGAGAGGUAUUUUCCACCCAAUUAACCAAUUCUUAUUCGCAGACA